CAGUAGAUGGUGCUGCAGUGCCGUCACGCGCAGUUAGCGCAGCGUCACCCGGUUCCUCAAAAUCUCUCGGAGCCGCACUUUGAUGUUUUUUGAUCGUCUAAAACGGAUGACGGGUUUUCAUUAAUCUCAUAAAUGCCCGGGAAGUGACCGGACUUCUGUGGAUUAUCGAUACAAGUGGUUGAUAACGGCGGAAACAUGUCGGCCAGCGCGGUGUAUGUGUUAGAUCUGAAGGGGAAGGUAUUGAUCUGUCGUAAUUACCGCGGCGAUGUGGACAUGUCAGAGAUUGAGCAUUUUAUGACCCUGCUGAUGGAUAAAGAGGAAGAGGGCACGCUGUCACCCAUCCUUGCUCAUGGAGGAGUUCGUUUCAUGUGGAUUAAACACAACAACUUGUAUCUUGUUGCAACAUCCAAAAAGAACGCUUGUGUUUCCUUGGUUUUCUCUUUCCUCUACAAAAUAAUUCAGGUUUUUUCCGAAUACUUUAAGGAGUUGGAAGAGGAGAGUAUCAGAGAUAAUUUUGUCAUCAUCUACGAGCUACUGGAUGAACUCAUGGACUUUGGCUACCCUCAAACUACUGACAGCAAGAUUCUGCAGGAAUACAUCACACAGGAAGGUCACAAGUUAGACACUGGAGCUCCACGGCCACCAGCGACCGUAACCAACGCCGUCUCCUGGAGGUCGGAGGGCAUCAAGUACAGGAAAAACGAAGUUUUCCUUGACGUCAUUGAGUCCGUCAACCUCCUGGUUAGUGCGAAUGGUAAUGUUCUCCGCAGUGAGAUUGUGGGCUCCAUAAAGAUGAGAGUUUUCCUCUCUGGAAUGCCAGAGCUGCGUUUGGGUCUGAAUGACAAGGUCCUGUUCGAGAACACUGGCCGUGGUAAGAGUAAGUCUGUGGAGCUGGAGGACGUGAAGUUUCACCAGUGUGUCCGUCUGUCCCGUUUUGAGAAUGAUCGCACGAUCUCCUUCAUCCCACCGGAUGGAGAGUUUGAGCUGAUGUCUUAUCGCCUAAACACGCAUCAGGUAAAGCCGCUCAUCUGGAUCGAGUCUGUCAUUGAGAAACAUUCACACAGCAGAAUCGAGUACAUGAUCAAAGCCAAGUCUCAGUUUAAGCGACGUUCCACCGCCAAUAAUGUGGAGAUUCACAUUCCCGUCCCGACCGACGCAGACUCCCCCAAGUUUAAGACCACCGUGGGCAGUGUAAAGUGGGUGCCAGAGAACAGUGAGAUUGUUUGGUCCAUCAAGUCUUUCCCGGGAGGUAAGGAGUACCUCAUGAGAGCUCAUUUUGGUCUCCCCAGUGUGGAAGCUGAAGAUAAAGAAGGAAAACCACCAAUCAGUGUGAAGUUUGAGAUUCCUUAUUUCACCACCUCGGGAAUACAGGUGCGUUAUCUGAAGAUCAUCGAGAAGAGCGGAUACCAGGCCCUGCCGUGGGUUCGAUACAUCACCCAGAAUGGAGACUAUCAGCUGCGGACGCAGUAAACAAGCAGCAUUAGCUCCAAACAUCACAGGUCACGGGUGUCUCUCUCUCUUUCUCUCUCUCUCUCUUUUUCUCUCUCUCUCUUUCUCAUUCUGCACAUAGGCUAGACACUCAUCUGCAGUGCUAACAAUAGUUUAGAGAGAUGUGAAUUGGUAUUGUCUAGAAUAUAAUUUUCUGUACAGCUCUACUUACAUUGGCCUGGAUUUUUUAUUGAUCCUUGAUUUCCUGGUGGUUCAUACUGCUAUAAUUUUUUGGCUAUUAGAUUUAAUUUAAACACUGCAGAUGGGUCCAACUCUGGCCUGAUGUGACACAGCAUUGUGUUGUCAUGGACCAGGACUGUCUCUAUGUAUGUUUGACAGUAUACAAAAAUUAACAUAAAGCGUAAACAAAGUGGUGUCACUCAUGUAUGUGUCAGAUCUCAGAUGAGGGAGCUUUUCUUCAUGUCACAUUUCAGAGCAACAUGUUUCCAAUGCUUGCUUUCCGUUUAUUUACAAGUAUCAACGUUGUUUACUUUUACAAGCAACAAUACUCAUGAGGUCAAAUGAACUAAUUUAAACUCAUCAAUACAAAAUACAAAUAGUUUUACAAAUUAGUAGCACUUUUUAGCUGCUUCAUUUCUCUCAGUGUUUCACAACCAGAGCCGUUAAAUAUUUCCACAAAGUAUUUUUUCUGCACAUUGAAGGUCUUUUGUUGUUUUUAUUUGUUUGUGAUAACGUGUGUAGUAUUUUGUUGUUACUCAGUGUUAUUGGUUACAGUUAUAUCUGAUCUGUGAAUUGUUCACAGUAUUUUGCUGCACCGCAGAAAUACAAUGUAUUGUAUCUCUGUGCAAUUAUUCAAAACGGAAAUCUGAAGUCAACCGUGGUGCCAUUAUAAAAAAUAGAAGACAACUAUCUGUUUUUUUAAAAUAUAAUUUGUUGGUUUUAGUUUUUAUUUGCCUUUAAUGUGUGGAUUUCAAAGGUUACAAUUUUUCCAUGGUUCUGCAUGCCGUGGAGCUGAAAUGUGACAUAAUUGUAUUGCCCUCAGAUUAUUUCUGUAUCUUCCAAACUCAUAAUUGAGCUUUCUGUAAUUCAAGCAUCAUAAAGUCUGUUUACAAAAUA